UGGAAACGCAUCCAAUUUUAGUGAACUGAACAUUUAAAAUUGUUAAGAUGGCCAUAAUAUAGAUUCAAUAUAAUCCCUAUCAAAAUCUCAAUGAUCUUUUGCAGACAUGUAACAGCCAAUCCUAAAUUUAUAUGGAAACGCAAGGGAUACAGACAGCCAAAACAAUCCGGAAAAGAAGAACAAAGCUGUGCGAUCCACACGUGCCACUUUCAAAACUUACUUCAAAACUACAGCAAUCGUAAACUGUGGUACUGGCAUAGGGGUAGACAUGUAGGUCAAUGUUUUUGAAUUUACAGUGAGAAAUAAACCCAUAGAUUUAUGAAUAGUUGAUAUUCAACAAGGGGGCCCAGACCAUUCAAUGGAGGAAUGAGCAAUCUCUUCAACAAACGGUGCUGGGAAAACUGAAUGUUGACAGAAAAAAGAAUGAACGUGGGCUCCAGUUUCACACCACGUAUGAAAAUGAAUUCCAAAACGGAUCACAAACCCAAACGUAAGCGAUGAAACUAUGAAACUCUUGGAAUAAAACAUAGAUAUAAAUCCCCCUGGCUUUAACUACACAACAGUUCCUUACAUAUGGCAGCAAAAGCGCGGCCACAAAAGAAGGGGGGUGGUGGAGAGAGGAUAAGUUGUACACCAUCCAAACCAAAAACUUUUGUGCAUGAAAGGACUCUGUCUAGAAGGUGAAAGGACAAAACGCACAGGAUGGGAGAAGCAUUUGCAAAUCACACAUGGGAUAAGGGUGUAUUUUCCAGAAUGCAUAAAGAACACCUACAAGUCAGCAAUGAAAGCACGAACGAACAACCCAGUUAAAAAAUGGGAAAGGACUUGAACAGACGUUCCUCCAAAGUGGAUGUGCAAAUGGCCAAGAGGCACAUGCAAAGACGCUCAACAUCAUGCGCCAACAGGGGGAUGCGAAUCACAACCGCCAUGAGGCACCACUUCGCAGCCAGUAGGAUGGCUCUUCUAGGCACAAGAAAGCGAAACAAAGGCAAAAAGACGAGUUCGGGCGACGGUGCGCAAGGACCGGGACUCGCACACUGCUGCUGGGAAUGCAAAGCUGCUGUGGGAAUCCGCUGGGCGGCUCCUCAGUAAGUUACCGGCAGAAUUAGCACCCGACCCCUCAAUCGCAGCCCCAGUGCAAUUUCCUACCCUAGGGAAUCAGAAACAGGUGCUCAAACAGAACCCUGUGCAGGAAAUGCUCGGCGCAGCGCUGUUCACAUCUGCCGCAAGGUGGGAAUGGCGGAGCUGCCUGUCAACCCGUGAACUGGGAUAGGCCGCCACACACGGUGUGUCCCUGCGGUGGAAUAUUACUCGGCCGUGAAAAGGCUUGAAGUGCUGACUCACGCUCCCACACGGACGAACGAACCCUAGUGACAACGCUGCGCUACGGGAAAGCAACCAGGCACAGAAAGCCGCCUAUUCGCCCAGCGAUCCCGCGUGCAGAAAGAAGGGUUCCAGGGAGCAGGCUCCCGCCCAGCACUGUUUCUCUGCAGCGGGGGCCCAUGGGAAAGCAGUGACUUCACCGGAUGUACGUGUCCCAAAACGCGCACCCGACCAAUGAUGGGGUCGGUCUGUGAUCUCUAGGAUAUAGAGUAGCGGCUUUGGAACCCUGCCGGUCGGAAACUUCGGGCCAACUGGCUUUUUACACCGCUUCCCGCCACAUCGCACCAUAUCCAGCCCUAUCCGACCGCAUCCAGCCACACCCGACCGCAUCCAGCCACACCCGACCGCAUCCAGCCCUAUCCGACCGCAUCCAGCCGCACCCGACCGCUUCCCGCAGCGCACGCCAGACCGAGGCCCGUCCGAGAAAGUGCAGCCGAGGCCCAGCAUGCCUGUGAGGAGGAGCCGUCGAGGGUCGUCCGGUGGCCAGAGCCGGGUCCGCUCCCCCACUGCCCGAGCCGAGUUGACGUUCUCCGUGAGCCACGUGGAGCGCCUCCUGCGGGAGGGCCGCUACUCGCAGCGCCUGGGCGCGUCCGCCCCGAUCUUCCUAGCGGCCGUCAUCCAGUCCCUGACGGCCAAGGUCCUGGAGCUGGCCGGCAUCGAGGCCCAGAACAGAGGCAGGAGGCUCAUCACCCCGGAUGUCGUGGACAUGGUGGUCCACAACCACCCGCUGCUCAGCGCCUUCUUCCAGUCCACCAUCAUCUCCCAGGCGGUCCCGGGCUGGAACUAGCUGUCCCACGCGACGUGGGGUCCGGCAGGCGCCAGGCCUACUCAUGGCCGGGGUGGGCCCCGGCCGGCCUGGUGCCUCAGGCAGUCACUGAAAGCCAAUAAAGUGUUUGGAGAAA